UGUGGAAGAAGACAACCACGUCCUUAAUGGCCCUCUCGCCGUCGCCAUCGUUAAUGGCGUUGCUGAAGCGUUAAAGAUUCAAACAGAACAGAGGCUUGACAUUGGAAGUCAGAAAACCCAGGGCCAAAACAUCCCUGUUGACAACUUUAAAGACCACUUUUAUUGUCAGUAGGAAAUAGAAAACUGACAUCAGAGAUGGCAUUUGCACCUCCCAAAAACCUGAAUGGGCCCAAGAUGCAAACAAAGAUGAGUGCCUGGACACCACUGAAUCAUCAGCUCAUGAAUUAUAAGGUAUUUGAAGAAAGAAGAAACUUGUUGGGGAAAUGGUUUGACAAGUGGACAGACAAUCAAAGGCGAAAAGUCCUGACAGACUUCUUGGAGCAUUGCUCCCUUUCACAGCUGAAAUUCUGUUUCAAACUGCUCCAGGAUCGAGUGCCAAUUGAAGCACUGGAUUUCACCACCCAGCUUCCCCGAGUGUUAACUUUGUACAUCUUUUCUUUCCUGGAUCCUCGAAGUCUCUUCCGAUGUGCCCAGGUAAAUUGGCACUGGAACUACUUAACCCAGCUUGAUCAACUCUGGAUACCAAAAUGUCUGCGUUUUGGAUGGUACAUCAAUUUCUCUCCAACUCCAUUUGAGCAAGGAAUCUGGAAGAAACACUAUAUUAAGAAGACAGAAGAAUUUCAAGUAUCCAGAUCUAAGACCCCAUCAAGAAAUGAUUUUGUGGUGGUUGAUGUUCAGCCAAUAACAAAAGAUGUCCCAGAAAUAAAACAGUCCUUGUUGUCAGUCCUCGAAUCAGCAUCUCUGUCAAGAAGAAAGAUAAACAAAGGAAAGAGCGAUCUCCCACCUUGGCGUUCAUCAGAUAAGCAUCCAACAGAUAUCAUUCGUUACAACUAUUUGGAUAACUUUGAUCCCAUUGAGCAGGCAAGGCAGGCUAGAAGAAAAGGAGGAGGUCUCACCCCAGACCUCAGUCAGUCAGUUUUUCAGAAAAAGAGGAAACCAGGCAGUGGAACGUACAAACUCAGAAAAGCAAAGUCUCUGCAUCCUAACAGUGAAUUAUCAAGAACACCAGAUUGUGGGAAUCAGAUGUCCCUCUCAGCAGAACUUGACUCAGAAGUGACAGUUCGCCCAAGCUGGGCUCAGCAUCAGCCAAACAGCUACCCUCUGACUAAAUCAACAGCUAAAAUGAUUGCUCAGAGUGCUCGGUGGAAUGCUGAAAUACGUCCUGCACCUGCUCGAGGGCCCAUCCCAAAACUGAGUGAGAAAGGAAAGAAAGCCUUUACCCGAACUAGCAGAAGCUCACCAACAUCACCACUGUUUGAAAGUCUACCCUGGGAAGUUCCAUCAUCCAGCUAUGUAUCUGAUGCAGAGCAAGAAGCUGAAGAAAAGAGAACCUCGGCAUCACUACUGACUUAGUCUCCCAAAAGAAAAAAGAGUUUGUUCAAUUAUUGCUAAGUGAAAUGCCUCUUUCUCAAAGUUGGUGUUUGGACAAGGUUUAAGAAUCAAGUAGAUAGUUGACAGAUUUAUCAUGACUCCAUUUCCACAGUGAAUCAAUUAGCGGAUAUCUUGGUUUUAAAAAUUCGUAGAGCCAGGAACUUGCCAUGUGGCCUUGGAUGGUUUCCCAGCCUCAGUUACUAAGCUGUGGGUUGGAAAUUGUCUUAAUGUACCGGUAUUUCAUAGGAAUGUUGUGAGGAUGAAUGUUAUAGGGAUUACAACAGCUCAAUUCUGCAUAGGUUUAUUUAUGUACUCAGUGAAAUUUACAGAUAAGUGAGUAAACAAUUGCAGCUGAAGGUAUUUAGAAACUAAAACAAUGCAUCUCAAUGAAGAAUUUAAAAAAACCAGUUGAAAAAUGGGGGAAUAUUUAAAAUUGGUAUAUAUCAUACUGAAUAAUAAUAAGUAAAUAACUAUCAUGACCUGUGCCAAAUGUAGUUUUCACAUCCAUUUUUCUGCAUCUUCUUUUCUUUUUGUCUAUCAUGAACAAAUGCUUGUAUAAGAUGAGUAUUUAAUAUAUAUAACCAAAAAGACAGGGUGUAUAUUAAAUAAAUAAUUGUCAUCUCUUCAAGACUGCCAUUAUUAGCAUGGGGUUUGAAAAUUCUUUUGGAAGGAGGUCAAUCUUGCUUUGCUGGUGCUGUUUUAAAAAAACACACACAUUCUGUAAUGUGCCAAUGUUCACAGUGCAUUGAAACAUGCUAAUUAACUUGGAUGUAAAAUGAGGAAGGCCAGGAAUAUAAUGUACCAAUUCAUCAAUGAUGGUUAUGAUGCUGACUUUUUAAUGUAACCCAGUGUGCAAUAGCUAGCAGGGCAAGCUAUAGAAAUACGAUUUGAUUUUUUAAAAAAACUGCAAUAUGGAAUGGGAAACAGGAAUUAGCUUGUCACAUUUUGUUUUGUUUUUAAAUUAUACCCAAAUAGACUGACCCAGACUUAAAAGAGCCACAAAAGCCCUGGACGAGUAAUUUUUUAAUAGUUCCCUAGAAGGGUUGGGAGAUUUUUCAAAAUAAAACAAGAUAUAAAAGUGAAAUUUACACGUCUAUAUGUGAGUGUUGGAUCUACCACCGCACCACCUCAGCCCUGCUUCACUUUGAUGGUAGCCUGCAUGUGUCAGGAACCAGAAGUGCCAACCAGAGACAGCGGUUGAACGAUCCAAGGACACCAACAUGGUAAUGGAAAGCAAACAUCCACCAAAGAGCCGCCAAACAUAGAACUGUUACUAGAACAACUAAUUUGAACCAUUAGACAAUAACAAGAUGACCAAGGGGGAAGGCCCGGGAGAAGGGAAAAAUAGUAGCUUUGCAUUGGAAUUUUCAGAUCUGGCUUUUCCUAUACUGUAACCACUUGGCUUUAGUAAAAGUACACCUUUCGCAACAAAUGGAAGCCAGGUCUUUCUUUUCUAAAUGUCCAAACCGAGAAAGGCCUAACACCGAGUGCUUGCUUUUUGACUCCAUCCUAUAUUAUAUUAUAUUAUAUUGCUAUUAUUGUUAUAUUACUAUGUUAAAUACUGUUAUAUAACCACCACUAUAUUCUAUUACAUUGCUAUUCAAUUA